CGACGUCUUUUCCCGCCUUUUCCCGUCCAGUCGAGAACGCUGAGCUAAGCUUGUUGUAGCAAGUAGCAAGGAGAAGAUGUCAAAUAAAAAAAUUAUGACAUGGAAUGACAACAAAGACCUUCUUUUGUUAAAGGAGGUUGCUGCUGAGGGUGUUUUUUACCAUAAGUACUUGAGCAGAGAAAGAGGGAGUGCAUGGCAGACUGUAGCAGAGAAUCUGAAUGCCUCUGSCGAGAGCUUCCAAGAUUUGUCAUCCAGGUCUGUGAGAGACAGAUAUAGUACCAUACUAAAAAAAUAUAAAACAAAGAUUGCUAGAGAGUCGAGGGAAAGUGGUGGAAGUGGAGAAGAGCCUUCAGAGGCAGAAUCUCUGCUAGAUGACCUAAUUGCUCUUGCUGAUGACACUGAGAAACAGAGCAAUUUGAAAAAAGAAGCUGUCAGCAAAGACAAACAAAAGGCAGAGGCAACACGCAURGCAGCAAUGGAGAGGSUAAACAAGAAAAAAAGGUCAUUUGUUAAUGACUCAGACGAUGACUCAGAUGAUGAAGUAGUGCAAGUAAAAACAUCAGGYAGAAGAAGACCAUCAGACACUAUUGAGUGGCUUAGAGAGAAAGCAGUCACUGAUGCAAAAACCAAGGAGGAAGAAUUGAAGCACAAGAAGUUAGAGAUGGAACUAGCAAAAGAACAACAAAAACUCCAAGCUGAACAGAACACCAAUCAAAUGACUUUGAUUUUAAAACAAAUGGAGAAGCAGCAACAGCAACAGCAGCAACAACAACAACAAGUAAUGAUGUUGCAACAACAAAUGUUUGCCUUUWUGCAAAAUGUAUUACAAAAAAAGGACUAAAGUUGAACUUUUAAAGAUUUUGACAUUAUUUUAUUAUUAAUUUAUUAUUUGGGAUGAAAUUAUAUUUUGACAAAUUCAUAACAGCAAACCAUUGUUUAUUAAGUCUAUUAAACUUGAACUGUAAUUUUUUCUGUAUGACAAAUAAAGCUGUUUGUAUAAAUUUUAACAGCCAUGCAGCAURUUUAUUUUGUCUAAAAUAUUACUAUUAGGUAUAAUUGCUAUGAUUAUUGAAAAUAUUGAUGUAAUCUAGGAGGGUCAACAUGAAAAAAAUCAGAUACAAUGUUACCAUAAAGGCAAGUUCGUGCAUUCUCAAGCAGAGCAGAAACCACAUAUAGUUUUCCAACUGCACUCAAGCCAAUCUUCAUCUGCUUUUUAAAGUCAAUGAAUUUGAAGAAGUUUGWAAUGUUACCAAAAAGCCAUUCAACAGUCACUCUGACUUGGCUCAUUGCUUUAUUGUAAGCUCUCAUAUCAGCUGUUAUUUGUGCACCUCUAAAUGGCAUUUGUAGAUGUGGGCCUAACGGGUAUGCUGGGUCACCAUACAAGCAGAGGGGUUCACCAUUUACCAAUGCAUUUCGCCUUAGUGUUUGAAGAAGGUUUGUYUCGUUUAACAUUGAACUGUCAUGUUUUCGACCCUCAUAUGGCCCAUGUAAG